UCCUAGGUCUAGGAUGGCCGCUGCUGUGGGUGUAAACAAGCAGGGGACCGCAGCAACGAUGGACGUCUGUGUUCGGCACGUCAGGGGGGCCACAAGCAGCACGGUGAAGGUGUUGGAGUGUGGGGUGUGUGAAGAUGUCUUCUCUCUCCAGGGGGACAAGGUCCCCCGGCUGUUGCUCUGUGGUCACACAGUCUGUCAUGACUGUCUGACCCGGCUGCCCCUGCAUGGUAGAGCCAUCCGCUGCCCCUUCGACAGACAGGUUACAGAGCUGGGGGACUCUGGUGUGUGGGGUCUGAAGAAGAACUUUGCCCUGCUGGAGCUUCUGGAGAGGCUGCAGAAUGGAGCAUCCAGCCAGUUGAGCAUGGCAGAGGAUGCACUAACAGGCAUGGGAGAGUCUAUAAUCCGCUGUGACGAGGACGAGAGCCACACGGCGUCUAUGUACUGCACGGUGUGUGCCACCCACCUGUGUGCCGACUGCUCCCAGCUCACCCACUCCACCCGCACCCUGGCCAAGCACCGGCAGGUACCCCUGGCAGACAAGCCCCACGAGAAGACACUAUGCCCGCAGCACCAGGUCCACGCCAUCGAGUUCGUCUGUCAGGAGGAGCUCUGCCAGCCUGGGCCGCUCAUGUGCUGCGUGUGCAAAGAGUACGGCAAGCACCAGGGACACAAGCAUGCAGUUCUGGAGGCAGAAGCCAAUCAGAUCCGUGCGUCUAUCCUGGACAUGGCCCACUGUAUCCGGACGUUCACAGAGGAGGUGUCGGAAUAUUCCAGGAAGCUGGUUGGGAUCGUACAGCAGAUUGAGGGAGGAGAACGGAUAGUGGAGGAUGGCAUCGGCAUGGCACACACUGAACAUUCGUCUGUGGGUGUUCCCCAGGUCCCAGGCACGGCAGAGAGCGCCCGGUCCUGCGUACGGGCCUACUUCGCCGACCUCCACGAAACGCUGUGCAGACAGGAGGAGAUGGCGCUCAGUGUAGUGGACGCACAUGUCAGGGAAAGGCUCAUUUGGCUCCGGCAACAGCAGGAAGACAUGACCAUCCUACUGUCCCAGGUCUCCACAGCCUGCCUGCACUGCGAGAAGACACUGCAGCAGGAUGACUGCAGAGUGGUCCUGGCCAAGCAGGAGAUCAACAGACUGUUGGAGACUCUACAGAAACAGCAGCAGCAGUUCACUGAGCUGGCUGACCACAUCCAGCUAGACGCUGGUAUCCCCGUCACAUUCACCAAGACUACAUUGUUUUCUCUGUUCCAGGACAACCGGGUCCACAUCGGCCCUAAGAUGGAGAUCCGGGUGGUGACCCUGGGAUUGGAUAGUGCCGGGAAAACCACCAUCCUUUUCAAGCUGAAACAGGACGAAUUUAUGCAGCCCAUCCCUACCAUAGGUUUUAAUGUGGAGACAGUGGAGUAUAAGAAUCUCAAGUUCACCAUCUGGGACGUUGGUGGGAAACAUAAGCUACGGCCUCUCUGGAAGCACUAUUACCUGAACACACAAGCGGUGGUGUUUGUGAUUGACAGCUGUCACAGGGAUAGGCUGAUGGAGGCCCACAGUGAACUGGCCAAGCUUCUGACAGAGAAGGAGCUGAGAGACGCCCUGCUCCUCAUCUUCGCCAACAAACAGGACGUCCCUGGGGCUGUGUCGGUGGAGGAGAUGACGGAGCUGCUGAGUCUCCACAAGUUGUGCUGUGGGAGGAGCUGGCACAUCCAGGGAUGUGACGCCCGCAGUGGCAUGGGGCUCCACGAGGGCCUGGACUGGCUGUCCCGACAGCUGGUGGCUGCAGGUGUACUGGAUGUGGCCUAGACCUCCCCUUGCAGCAGGGGGGCUGGACGUGGCCUAGACCUCCCCUUGCUGCAGGGGGGCUGGACGUGACCUAGACCUCCCCUUGCUGCAGGGGGGCUGGACGUGACCUAGACCUCCCCUUGCUGCAGGGGGGCUGGACGUGACCUAGACCUCCCCUUGCUGCAGGGGGGCUGGACGUGACCUAGACCUCCCCUUGCUGCAGGGGGGCUGGACGUGGCCUAGACCUCCCCAUGCUGCAGGGGGGCUGGACGUGGCCUAGACCUCCCCAUGUUGCAGGGGGGCUGGAUGUGGCCUAGACCUCCCCUUGCUGCAGGGGGGCUGGACGUGGCCUAGACCUCCCCUUGCUGCAGGGGGGCUGGACGUGGCCUAGACCUCCCCUUGCUGCAGGGGGGCUGGACGUGGCCUAGACCUCCCCAUGCUGCAGGGGGGCUGGACGUGGCCUAGACCUCCCCUGAUGACUGACUUCUGUUACCAAGUAAAACCCUCUUACCAUAGAUCCCAGAACGAUCUUCUUAAACCAUCCACACCAUAAAGACCUGUCCACCAUAGACCUGCACCAGUCACAUCUACCUAAACCUUUUACCUGAUGAUUGGCUUAUGGUAUACCCAGUCCUACCAAACCCUAAAUCCCAUACCUUUCACCCCAUACUAAGGCCUUAGCCCUAUAUUCUAUAGCCGUUCUACCCUUCUCACCCCUAACCCACAGCCAGUGAAUCCAUCAUUAGUCGUAAUGCUUUGUACUCUGCUCUGCCGUGGGUAUGCUAACAGGGAUUCCCUCAAGCUUACUAAACUAACCUGCUUAUAAGACUACACAUUCCCAUAUUGCCUCAAUGCAGAUGAGAUUAAUUUCAUGGCGAAACUCCAUGUUGUAGAUUUUUUUCCGUUGGUACCAAUGUACUUGACUUGUGAUGAUUUCAUGUAAUUCAGCAUCAGGUCUUGAAAUGACACCGGUAGUGAGCUGAGUUCAGCUAUUAUUGACGUUGGUUAAAUAGUGCAGUUGAGUGAAAAAUCUAUUUAUGUUGGGUAGGUAGGGGACAUUGUAGUAGCUGUGGUGGGAAACGUCUAAAGUGUUAUAUGAAACCUUUCUCCCACCUGUUUUGUGGAGUGUCUUGCAUGCAGAAUUCAUUGGAUGCACUUUUCUGCCGCUUUAAUACAUCUGGGUUGUGCUCAUGAGGGUGCAAUGUUUGACUCAUGUUGCAGAUGUAUAGACUAGACAUGAUUCCUUCAUCUAAUUGACAGAGGAUGAUCUACACACUAUAUUUCUGAAUGUUCCAGAAUGUUGUGCCCUACAGAAUGUGAUACUGGCUUCUUUUGAAACCAGGACUCCUGGUUUAAAUUUUUUCAUCACAACCUGUGAUGGUCUUCUGUUUUAGCCCAUCUGUCUGGAGUGCUGAUUGUUACAUUCUACAUUAACGUUACCCACAUGUAGAUGUGAAACUUAGUCAAAACAUUAACCAAACACCUUUCAACUCCUGUUAUUGUAUGGAGGAACUAUCCUUUGGUUUGAAUUCACUUUCCUCAUUGCUAUGUUGUUACUACUUCUAUGUAAAAAUAAAAUGCAUGUGUGAAGAACCUU